UUGAUUUUGAAAAAUUAAGUGGUGAUAGUUUAUUUUAAACAUUUUUAUUGAUCUUUCUGAAUCCACUGCUCUCUGAUAAAAUUUGACAUGCAUUAAACAUUAUCUAUAGAAAAUAUGGCACCUCUUCUAUCUCACCUGCCGAACUGCUCACCUACACUUACGCGCUCAUACACAUUCAUAGAUACAGCUGCGAGUUAGACAACUGCACUCUCUCGCUCACCUACACAGGUGCGCAAGCUUAAGGCGCAUCAAUUGGCCUUAUCAGCCCAUAGACUACAAAAAACAACAAGUUAUAGUGAAUGAGUAGCGUUACUUGGCUUCUUCUCUCCCAAUUUAGCUGCCAAAAGCAAUAUAUAAUUUUUAUUUUCUUUGCGUUUUAGCGAAAAAAGACAGUGGUUAUAGAACAAAUUAACUAAAACAGUGAUUUUAUAAGAGAAAACUUUCGUCUAAUAUUCGGAAAAGCGCGUAUCUGUAGAAAUUAACAUGUCGUACGGCGCUGAGAAGACGCUUGCCUAUUUGUACCCGCUCAUUAUAGGCACCUCCGUCAUUUGCUGCAUCACAUCGGGCGUUGCAUGGGCACAUUGGCGUUAUGUGUUGAAUGCUUGUCCGGAAUCGAAUUGUGGCUGCAUUCUGCACGGACGCUCCACAUACUCUAGCUUCGAGGGCGGUCAUAUAGCAUAUUGCCAUUUCGCCACAUACGGACUGAUCUUUCCACUGUUAUUCGCCAUCGUGUUGGGCAUCUAUCAUGCAUAUAGGAUUUGUAUGGGCACAACUAAACGGAAGGCGGGCACAACCACCAUUCGGCAUAGAACCGGUGAUAUGAUUGUCGUAACAGCCGAGUCAGAAUUGACACACAACGGCAUUUCACCUUAUUACUGGACACCUGCAGCCGGUAUUUCUUGCGUUAUGGCCGUUUACACUUUAAUUUAUGCAGCGAUCUACAGUGAUGGCUUCCGUGUCACUUGCAAACAGUACAGCGAAUCUUUGCUCAAAGAACUACAGGGGGCUGGUAAUAUUGUGCCGGUCAUAAAGGGUCGCCUAUCAUGUGACGCUAUUUUCGAUUUCAUGGACUAUUUGGUGGAGAGCAUUUCGUAUGAGCGUCGCAAGUAUGGACGCAUCAACACCGGAGCAUGCCUCUACAUGACACUCAUAUGCAGUUGGUUAACGGUAAUCUUUUGGAUUAUGAUAACGGUGGUGAAUGUGAUGCAGGCACGACGCACACAAUCGGCACGAGUUUAAUAAAGCUCGGACUAAGAGCAGUUUAUGUUCUGCUAAAUAAAGACAAACUUUGCCAUUUAAAUAUAAAAACGAAAACGUCCAUAAAUUAAAUUAAUAUGAAAACUGCAUUGUCUCCAUAGACAUAAGCGAACAUUAUUAGAGAUUCUAAUAUAACUAAUAUUAAAUAAUAUUUUUAAUAAAUAAGUUAGACACCUAAAGCGACAACGACAAAUAGUAAUAAGCACAAAUUUUCAAAACAUUUCACAUUUUAUCAUAAAUAUUUAUAAUAAAUAAUAUGAGCACAAAAUAUGUAUUAUGUAAAUUUUACAAGAAUAAAGCGAUACGAAUACAUUGAACAA